UAUGAGUACUUUUUAAAAGAUAGGGAUGAGAAUCAGACCAGGAGAAAAAUGAAAUAAAUUGCCCCAUGAGAAUUAUUGGUCAUGUUGACAUACUAAUACUAUGCCAACCUCCUAAAUUUGAGGCUAAAACAAACCAUUUGAUCACCCCCUACAAAUUCCUUGGAUUUUGGAAGAUUUGCUGUCGAAAGAUAGAGACGAAGGAAAUAAGGGGAAAAAAUUCAUAGGAUUGUGUAAAAUCUGGGGUAAAAUCAAUUGUAUUGUAUGAAUAGCAGGGGAAGCUGGUAAUAAUAAGAUCAUACAUCUUAAUCUUCCCUUCUGCUGCAUUGUCCACCAACUGUUUGAUAAAAUUCCCCUGUGAAAAAAAUUCUAUCAAAUAAGUAUGAUUUUGAUGAUGGGUGUUAGAUAAUAGCCAUGGAUGACCAAAGAAAGAUCCUUAGUAGGCGUAAUAGCAUGCCUCCUGAUGAAAGUUCUUCUUGGAAUUAUGGGUCUCAAUCUAUGCAUUCGACGCGCUCGUCGAAACCUGAGAGGCUAUAUAAAGUUUGGCCUGGGAACAAUAAAUUUCUUUGUGGUGGGAGAUUGGUACUUGGUCCUGAUGCGGGAUCCUUGUAUUUAUCAUCAUUUUUGAUAGGAUGUCCAGCUCUUACUUUCUGUAUAAGGAUGCUCGUUAGGAUCAAAGAACAUGAUCCACUAUAUGGAUAUGGGGUGCUCACCACAGGUGUCAUUCUCACUUUUAUGGAUUUGUUGUUCCUCUACAUGACAUCUGUUCGAGAUCCAGGAAUAAUACCAAGAAACCAUAGACCAAUUGAAGAUGAAGGUUCAGGUUCUUCAUCAAGGGAAUUGGUAGCAGCUGGCAAGUCUGGUAUUCUUAGGAUUCCUCGCACUAAGGAUGUGACGAUUAAUGGCUACACAGUUAAAGUCAAGUUUUGUGAUACUUGUAGGCUAUACCGCCCACCCCGUGCUUCUCAUUGCUCAAUAUGCAACAAUUGUGUUCAGAGAUUUGAUCAUCAUUGUCCAUGGGUGGGUCAGUGUAUUGGACUACGUAAUUACCGUUUCUUCAUCUUAUUCAUAUCUUCAUCAACGUUCUUGUGCAUAUACGUCUUUACAUUUUCAUUGAUGAAUCUUCUUCGAAGAAAGAAAAGCCUCGUGCAUUCUAUGUCGCAUGAUGUUGUAUCAGUCAUUCUAGUCGUUUAUUGCUUUGUAGCUGUCUGGUUUGUUGGUGGACUUACCCUCUUUCACUUCUACUUGAUGUCAACCAAUCAGACAACUUAUGAGAACUUCCGGUAUCGGUAUGACAAGGGAAAAAACCCCCAUAAUUUUGGUGUGGUCAAAAAUAUUAAACAAGUCCUAUUCACCAAAACGCCACCUUCAGCUAUCAAUUUCAGAGAGCUGGUGAUCGUAGAAGACGUAGUUAUACCUAUGACUCCAAGUGACAAUGAAAGCUAUACUGGAUUCAGGAAAAAUUCAGAUCAGGAAAUGACACAAAGGCUCACACAAAGUGGGCGUUGGGUGCUUCAAAGACAAGCUUCUGCACCUCAAGGAUAUCAAGCCACAUCUCGAGAUGCUGCUGACAUGGCAAAGAAAUCCGAGAAUGUUGAUGUUCGUUAAGGCUGCCAUGUGAAUACCCUGAUUGUGAAGUUACAGGUUGAAGCAGGUAAUCACAACAUCAUGGUUAAAUCAAGUGAGAAUUAUUCUCAUACAUGGACCUCUAAUGGAAUUAGGCUCAUGAAUCGUUUGUAUAUUGAGGUACAUAAUCGAUCAUGAGGGAUUUUUUUCGUGAUUUAGACGACAAAGGAAAAGACUUAAGUAUCUAUCAUGUACCUAAAAGGAGAAAGAGUUCAAUUCUGUGUUCUGGUGGCACCAAAAGUGUAUUAUGUAAAAUUUUACAGUGAAAUGAGGUGUAUCAUUUUGUAAAAUAUCUGCAGUUUUACGUUUAGGAGUUUUUUUUUAUUUUUUCUUUUUUGUUUCGGUUUAAUUUUCAAUUCCCCAUUUUUUUUUUCUUCCCUCCAAAAUAAUUUUCCUUAUUUAGACCAUCUCCAAUGGCAGUGGCGUCACCAGGAUUUUCGAACUGUGGGUUCGAAACUUCCGAAAUUUGAAAUCAUAAUUAACAAAGGAAUAAAAAUACAAUAAUUAAAUAUUCAGUACAUAAAUAAGUUCAAACUAUGGAUUACAAAUAGAUUACACAUAGAAAAAUGAAAAGAAAAAAAAAAAAAAAAAA